AUCGUUGACGUGGAGACCAGAUCAUCGCAUCCAGCGGUCCACAGAGGAGGGGAUAAGGUCUGCGCGGCACUCAUCAGAUAUGAAUUAAGGAAAUUUGAAGACGUUACCCGUCUGAGAGGAAGAUGCUUGCGAAACACUGUCCGGUUUUCGCCAUGUACGUCGCAGCAGUGACCUGUCAGACGCUACCACCAUUUCUCAUCGGGUCCACAUCUGGAGCAGCGAGUCAGCUCAGACGAAAUGCCAUCUCACCUAAAUGAUCCUCUGUCUCCUGCCGGAUUUGACAUCCCACAGCCUUGCCUGGUAUUUCAUGUGUCACUGGUUGGAUUUUUUUCAUGAUUUGUGGCCCCUCGGGAUUGAAAAGGACAAAAAAAAAAAAAAAACCCAGAAAGAAGGAUGCAAAAACUCCCUUUGGUGUUGAUGCAGCCUUUUAGCGUGUCGGUAAUUACAUGCGACUAUUAGACAGGAGAUCACCGUGAAAAUCUGAUGGAAUAACAAUGGAAGCACCUUUACUGAGUCGACAUAAUGGAUAGAAGAUAGACAAAAGAAGUCCCAGAGUUAACAACAUGGUCAUCACUGACAGGAACAACAGCACGCCUGUGCCUAAAAAGGAGCCCCAGAAGAAGAAGAGGAAGUCUCGUCCUCAUGGCCUUCCUUCUCCAGCACUCUGCUGUGCCUGUGGACUAUGCAUCAUGCUGGCAGGACUCAACAUCACUCUGGUUGGAGCGUUUGCCUUCAGCACACUGCUGCCUUCUGCCAACCCCCCAAUCAUAAUUGGACCUGUCUUGCUGCUGGUGGCCUUCUCCUUUUUUGGGGCCUGCUGCGUGUGCAGCCGCCUCCCACCCCCGAGCAGCUCUCGAGGCUCUAAAGUGGGCGGCAGGGGGGCAGGGUUGAUGGGACAUGGCGGGCUGGCUGGUGGUGCUGCGUUUGAAAUAGAGACCAGUGAGCACACGCUGCAGGACACCACAGCUGUGCAGCUAAGCCCCACAUCCUCUCCUGGAUCAUCCAGAGCCUCCAGCCCGGAAGGAGAGAGCCCUGAUGUGGCCCCGCAGGGACCUUGCAAGCUCUUCACCAUGGAGACCAAUGGCCCUUCCUGUGCUUCUGCCACGGCAACAUACUCGGCCUCUGCAGAUGCAGGCGGGGAGGUGAGGCUCAGCCUGCCACGAGAAGAAGUGGUCACCUAGCAAAGCAAAAACUCCUCUAAAAAGCCAGAGCUCCAGUCGUGUAAAUACGCUUCUGAGUUUGGUUGCUGGGACUGAUUUUGUCCUGUUUACAUAGUGCCAUAUAAAGUUGUGAAGAGUGUGGUUUUAAUUUCUCUCACUGUGCAACAGGUUGUUAGCAUGCAAUGUUGAACACACAUCAGCGUAUUUGUGAAUUUAAGCUUUUGGAAUUCAAAUUCCUACCUCUCAUGUGGUGUUCCCUUACAAAGUUUGUAUAAAAUCCAGGGCAUUAUGAACCGUUUUAAUGUAGAAAUAAAGUAGAAGACAUUUCUUUUUCUCUGCACCUGUGGUGACUGGUGACCUCUACUGUCAGAAGAGAUUUUAGAGGGCUCAAGAGAAAACUUUGAUCACAUAUUUAUUCUGAAAAGAUUACAUGUGAAAGGUCAGCAGCUGAUCUUAACAUGGGGAACAUUUGGCAUUUACUGAAUUGAUUAACUUCUUUUAGGGACAUAUGAUUUUAUAGGUCACAGAGGUCCCAAAGCAAUAUUCUCUGAACAGAGAAUAAUUUCUAGGCACAAGACCUUCAGCGAGUGUAUUUGCUGUAUAUUAACUCAGUGUUAAAACAGUGCACAUCGUCAGAUCUUUAUAGGCAUCAUUCUUUUAGCUUUUGUCAUCACAGCUGUAAACACUGAAUAUCGUGUUUCUUUUCAUGGUCUCAAAACUUUGUGAUAAUGUUUAUUCGUUGUUAAACUGAUCACGGGGCUCGAUUCAACCUGUGUGAAAGCAUGGAGUUCACAUCACUUCUAUGUACUAUUUACAACAUUGCACAGCCAAGUUUAUUAGAGUUUAUAGAUUACAUCAGUAGUAUCUGCUUCCUAUCACUGUGAUGUCUUCUUAUCAGCCAUAAGUCUGAGUGAUCACAGGAGACGCUAAACCCAUGAUCUCCUUUGAAAGGAAAGUUGCCUUAGAUGAAAAUUUCAGGAUCAAUCCAACGAGGGCUACAUAAAAAGUGCAAACUGCAGUUUCCUGAGAAAGCCUCUAUGUUGCUCUGGAUUUGAAAGGUUUUUGUGGUGCAUGCAAACAACCUAAAUGUUUCCUUUCUCACAUGUAUAUGGAGUAGCAACAGUGUACACACAGUUCAAGCCAACUAUAUAAAAAAACAACAUUGCAACAUUGUCCCUCAAAGGGACAUUUUUUCCUGAUAAAGCCCAGUUUCAUACUAAGUUAGAGUACUGAGCUUAGGUUUUUUUUCUUGUGCAUGCUCUGAAAACAAAAGACUUGAAAAUGAAGAUAUCCUUGUUGUGAACUAUCUGUGUAUUGUCUGUGGUUUUAUUUUUGUGUAGCACAAGAACCCGGUGAAAAAAAAUGUAAGGGACAAAACUAUUUUUGUGAGGUUUAUAAUUUAAAAUAACUAUCCCAAAUGUGAAUCCUAUAAAAUAUCUAAAUAAAAAACUCUUUCAGUAACAUUUCA